AUGGCCGCCGAGCUUCUUCGUGUGCGACACACGAGCAGCUUCCUGGUUUGUGCUGCAGCCGCCAAGCUCCAUCCGGCCAAGAAGAGGGCGGGAGAUCUGCUGCCCCUGGUGGGGUUCAAGGAUGAGGGUGCUGAGAGCCCGGGCAAGAGCACUCGCACGGGGAUUCUGGUCCACGGCUGCCAUCUCAGUGCCGAUGGCUGGGAGCACAUUGUGUGGGGUCAGCCGCCCCACGAACUUGGUCGGCUUCCUCAUGCUGUUCUGUUGGCUUGGGAGGAGCAGGCCUCGGUGGUCGUGCUGGGAACCGGUGCCUCCGAGAAGGACGGCUUGAAGGAAAGUGAGUACACCUUGCGCUACCUUUGGGAGCACUGGGCGCAGCUGUCGGAGUUCGAGCCCCUUCAGCAGGUUCCGCUCACGGAAGCGCGAGGGCUCCUAGAGGCGAUCCUGGUUCUCGAUGUGGCCACGCAGAACACCGACCAGGAGGUACGAGAAGGUCUCCGAGUCAUGACCGAAAAGAGCUGCCACCAUGCCGUCCUGGUUUCUUCUCCGACUCACCUGCCGAGAUGCCUGGCUUGUGCCUGCAAGGUCGUCGAAGGGGAGCCGGACCUCUUCCAUGGCCCCAUCUAUGCAAGUCCCUCUGACACUUGCUACGAGGGCGCUCAGGCCAGUGAUGUGGUGGUGGUUGACCCGCUGAAGUUCCACGACUUGGUGCGGAGAAGUUACAAAGUCCCAAAGGAGAAGAAGGCUGACUUCCUGAAGCGGUCUGUGGUGAAGUCGGCUCCGGCGGUUCUGCAGGAGCUCAAGAGACGAGGCUACAAGCUCGCCAUUCUCUCAAAUGCUGCGACUCCGCAGUAUACGCAUGUCCUGCAACACGAGGGCCUGCGAGAAAUCCUCGACCCGGCGCUUUGCUGCUUCUCCUUUCAACUGGGGAUCGUGAAGCCAGAUCCUCGGAUCUUCGCGCACAUCUGCACAGCAGCGGGAGUUCCUCCAUCCGCAGCGCUGAUGGUGGGCGACAGUGUCAG